GGCGCAGGAUGCUUCACUCACCGUACUUUGGACUCUAGUCCUGAAUUGGCCUGUUCUAAUUCGAGUCAGCUAGAGGCUUUAUCGCUCAGAUUACACAGUGUUGAUGUGCAUUCGGUUUGUUUAGCCGAUGAAACUGCUAGUCACCUUUCGAUUGUUGAUCCAACCGAUCUUCGUGCCGAUCUUGUACUCCCUCUCCGCCGGAAUUCUUCAUCAACGCUAGCCGGCCAUACUGUAUGUGGUGAGCAACGUCUACUUCGCCGGCUAAGGCGAGCUGGUCAUGGUGUGGUGCGUCUAGCAGUGCCAGUGAACUCGGAUCGAGGCACAUGGUGCACUUGGAACGAUGAGGACUACAGGAUGAAGAUCUCGCUACCUGAGAAAGAUGGUAGAAGAUUCAAUCGAUUGGAAGGUGGUUGCAGCAGCAACGACAUGGAUGGUGCUAUGAGUGGCGUUUGUAUAGUGGGUGAAAAUAGCAGACAGCCUCAACUUGUAGGAGAUUCAUUCGAAGGGGUGGAAAACAGAUCAGCAGGGACCAAAAAAGAUACUCAAAAUAAACUGGAGAUCAAAGAGGCAGAAGCGGAAGAGGAUAAUGAGGAGACUGCUGGACUUCAGGUGAUGAAGGAAUAG